AUGUAUAACAGGAGUAGUGGGUUUCUUCUCAUAGAAUUCCACCAGUCUCGAGCAAGUCAGAUUACGUUCUUCUCACUGCUCCUGCUCACUUACUGCACCACACUGACGGGAAAUUUUCUCAUUAUUAUUCUGACCUGGAGGAGUCAUCACCUACAUAAUCCUAUGUAUUUCUUCCUAGUUAACUUGUCCUUCUUGGAGAUUUGGAUCACUACCACCAUCACACCCAAGUUCCUUUCUAUCCUGGCUAAUGGAAACAGAACUAUUUCAUUCUGGAGCUGUUUAGUACAGUGUUAUAUUUACUUUGUCUUGGGAUCUGUCGAAUUCAUCACUUUGACAAUGAUGUCUUUCGAUAGGUAUAUUGCCGUAUGUUAUCCUUUGCGCUAUAAGAGUAUAAUGAACUCUCAACUGUGUUUAUAUCUCAUAAUAGGUUCUUGGAUUGGUGGCAUAAUUUCUACCCUCCCUCAGAGUUUCAUCCUACCUUUCUUGUCUUUUUGUGGCCCUAACCAACUUGAUCAUUUUUUUUGUGAUAUAGAACCACUUCUUAAGCUUGUCUGUGCUGACAAAAGACUUAUAAAUUUGCUCAACUUAUUAAUCUCUUCAGUUACUGUACUUGGAUCCCUGAUUGUGAUUACCACAUCCUAUAUAUUUAUAAUAAGAGCAGUUUUUAAGAUACCUACUGGGGGCGACAGGUGGAAGUCUUUUUCAACUUGCAUUUCACACAUUCUACUUGUCUGUAUAUUCUAUUCAGGUUCCGUCUUUAUGUGUUUGAGGUUUAUUAAAAACUCUUCUGUAGACUUCAACAAACUGGCAGUCAUACUUAAUACUAUUAUCACACCACUCAUGAACCCCUUUAUUUAUACUUUGAGGAACAGCCAGAGGGAUUUCGUUUCUCCUGGGUACCACUGGUUUAGUGGAGACAAGCUGCUUUUACCUUUUAUUGAUAGGGAUUUCGUUUCUCCUGGGUACCACUGGUUUAGUGGAGACAAGCUGCUUUUACCUUUUAUUGAUAUACAUCUUUAUGUUGCUUUGUAUUUGAGAUAUGUGUGGAAUCCUUAUGCUAUCUAA